AUGCAGAAGAAGCCGCCGUUCCGGACGGGGGCGAUUACGAAUCGACCACCGCCACCGAAUCCCCACGUCGUCGCCCAACGCGAGCAGGAGAUGAACGCGUGGCUGCGGCGCAAGGACUACAACCCGAUGCGCGCCGUGCAAGAGGCCAAAAAGGCGCAGCAGCAGCAAAAGCAGAGGGCCGACAACUUCACGUCAAAUCGAUCUAUGUCAUUUCAUGUUGGGGCUGGGAAGAUGCCGGUGAAAAGGUCGAAUUCCCCGGGCACCUCCCUCUCGCGCAACAAGUCGGACGAGUCGCUGGCCUACGAGGGCGCCUCAACAGCAUCCGCAUCACAGAAGGUGUUGGCCGAGUACUCGCGCGGUGUCGUCAAGGACAUCAACCGGCUGACUGAAAAGAGCCGUAAAAGUGACGCCAAGGAGAUGAGCGGCCUAGCCCGAGCAGUUGAUCUACUCUCCAACAAAUGCAAGAAAAGCAUCGAGCUGAUCCGAUCACAAAACAAGGGAUGCCUCUCCGUAUCUGUUGAAGAUCUACUCGCGACUGCGGUUGAACCCCCCGGAGAGAGUGAAUCACUCGGGGAACAGCUGGAGCGAUUGAGCGACGCCUUCGACGCCGUGCAGCGCUACUUGGAGCAGUACUCCCUAGAAGGUCGGGGGAGCCCCGUCCCGGAAGAGGACGAGAUGCCUGAAACCUCUUCGCUCGUGUCCGGCUUCUCCUCGCUAGGCCUACGGAAUAAGCAGCGCGCCAACGCCAAUAACAUUGCGGGCGGCUCGCUGGCCGGAACUAGGGAACAAGCGCAAUUCCGCGCGCAGCGCACCACCGCCUAUCGCUCGAAAAUCUUGGCGCAACAGCGGGACUCGAGCCAGACGCGGCUCGGCAAAAAUAAC